UGCAGGCACGGGUUCCUCCCUCUGCUGGGUGCCUGGUAGCCCCAGGGGUGACCAGGACCUAGCGGGGCCCCUGUCCCAUGCUGCUUCCCGCCAGCACCUCUGAUGUGUGCCCAGAGGAAUGUGUGUGCCAGCCCUUGGUCCAGCGCCUGCUCCUGAGGUGACACCUGCUGUGCACCGGCUGGUCUCCUUUCCCUGCCCUCACAGCUCCCUGCUUGGAAGCACAGCAUAAGAAGCUUCAGAGACAUCCUGGCUCACAGGCUCCGGGGUUCCUCCUGUACGAUCCAGCUCCUCUUUACUGAGCACCUGCCAGAACCUUCACUGAGUACUCUGCACACACCCUCACUGAGGCUCACGGAUGCCCUGCAGGGUCUCACAAAGUUGCUGAGGCUGGCCUUGAACUUGCUAUCUUCGUGCCUCAGCCACCGGAGCAGCUGGGAUCACAGGACAGCAGCCGCCCGGGAGCAGUGACCCGGGCGCCCCGCUAGGGCAACGGCCCCGCCCCACGGGCCGGGAUCAUGAAAGGCCUCGGUGACAACCGCCCCCGCCACCUUUCUGACAGCCUGGACCCGCCACACGAGCCGCUGUUCGCAGGGCCUGAUCGCAACCCCUACCUGCUUUCGCCCACCGAGGCCUUCACGCGCGAGGCCCGCUUCCCCGCGCAGAACCCCCUCCCAGGGGACGGCCUCUUCCCGCUCAACAACCAGCUGCCGCCGCCCAGCAGCACCUUCCCCCGCAUCCACUACAACUCCCACUUCGAGGUGCCCGAGGAGAGCCCGUUCCCCAGCCAUGCCCAGGCCACCAAGAUCAACCGGCUGCCCGCUAACCUCCUGGACCAGUUUGAGAAGCAGCUGCCCAUCCACCGCGAUGGCUUCAGCACCCUCCAGUUCCCCCGGGGAGAGGCCAAGGCCCGCGGUGAGAGCCCUGGCCGCAUCCGCCACCUGGUCCACUCUGUCCAGAGGCUUUUCUUCACUAAGGCACCCUCACUGGAGGGCACAGCAGGCAAGGUCGGUGGCAAUGGCAGCAAGAAAGGUGGCAUGGAGGACGGCAAGGGCCGCAGGGCCAAAAGCAAGGAGCGGGCCAAGGCUGGGGAACCCAAACGGCGCAGCCGCUCCAACAUCUCAGGCUGGUGGAGUUCUGACGACAACUUGGACGGCGAGAGUGGCGCCUUCCGCAGCAGCGGCCCAGCCUCCGGGCUGAUGACGCUGGGCCGCCAGCCUGAACGCACCCAGCCGCGCUACUUCAUGCAUGCCUACAACACCAUCAGCGGGCACAUGCUCAAGGCUGCCAAGAGCAACACCUCCGACCUGACUGCCCCACCACCCCCGCCAGCACCCCCCGCCACCUGCCCGAGCCUUGGGGUGGGCACUGACACCAACUAUGUCAAACGGGGCUCCUGGUCCACUCUGACCCUCAGCCACGCCCAUGAGGUCUGCCAGAAGACCUCGGCCACCUUGGAUAAGAGCCUACUAAAGUCCAAGUCGUGCCACCAGGGUCUAGCCUACCACUACCUGCAGGUGCCCGGCGGCGGUGGAGAGUGGAGCACCGCGCUGCUAUCCCCCCGCGAGGCGGAUGCCACCGCCGAGGGUCCCAUCCCGUGCCGGCGCAUGCGCAGCGGCAGCUACAUCAAGGCCAUGGGUGACGAGGACAGCGACGAGUCUGGUGGCAGCCCCAAGCCUUCACCCAAGACCGCAGCGCGGCGCCAGAGCUACCUGAGGGCCACGCAGCAGUCACUGGGAGAGCAGAGCAACCCACGCAGGAGUCUGGACCGCCUGGAUUCAGUGGACAUGCUGCUGCCUUCCAAGUGUCCAAGCUGGGAAGAGGACUACAACCCCAUCAGUGACAGCCUCAAUGACUCCAGCUGUAUCAGCCAGAUUUUUGGACAGGCCUCCCUGAUCCCCCAGUUGUUUGGCCAUGAGCAACAGGUACGGGAAGCAGAGCUGAGUGACCAGUACGAGGCAGCCUGCGAAUCGGCCUGUAGCGAAGCCGAAUCGGCAGCGGCGGAGGCUCUAGACUUGCCCCUGCCCAGCUACUUCCGCUCCCGCAGCCACAGCUACCUGCGGGCCAUCCAGGCAGGCUGCUCGCAGGAGGAGGACAGUGUCUCCCUGCAGUCCCUCUCCCCUCCGCCCAGCACAGGCAGCCUCAGCAACAGCCGCACGCUUCCAAGUUCAUCAUGCCUAGUGGCAUAUAAGAAGACCCCACCACCGGUCCCUCCACGUACCACAUCAAAGCCGUUCAUCUCCGUCACAGUCCAGAGCAGUACCGAGUCUGCCCAGGACACCUAUCUGGACAGCCAGGACCACAAGAGUGAGGUGACGAGCCAGUCGGGCCUAAGCAACUCAUCAGACAGCCUAGACAGCAAUACCCGACCACCAAGCGUGACGCGGGGCGGAAUCAUCCCAGCCCCUGAAGCCCCAGAGCCACCUCCAAAACAUGCAGCUUUGAAGAACGAACAAGGGACGCUGACCAGCUCCGAGUCUCACUCUGAGGCCAUCCCCAAACGGAAACUGUCAUCAAUAGGAAUACAAGUUGACUGCAUUCAGCCAGUGCCAAAAGAGGAGCCCAGUCCCGCUACCAAAUUCCAGUCCAUCGGGGUUCAGGUAGAGGACGACUGGCGAAGCAGCGCCCCCUCUCACAGUAUGUCCUCCCGACGGGACACAGACUCCGAUACCCAGGAUGCCAAUGACUCCAGCUGUAAGUCAUCUGAGAGGAGCCUCCCGGACUGUACCCCACACCCCAACUCCAUCAGCAUUGAUGCUGGCCCCCGGCAGGCCCCCAAGAUUGCCCAGAUCAAGCGCAACCUCUCCUAUGGAGACAACAGCGACCCUGCCCUUGAGGCGUCCUCGCUGCCCCCACCUGACCCCUGGCUCGAGACCUCCUCCAGCUCCCCAUCAGAGCCAGCACAGCCGGGGGCCUGCCGCCGAGAUGGCUACUGGUUCUUGAAGCUACUGCAGGCAGAGACAGAGCGGCUGGAAGGCUGGUGCUGCCAGAUGGACAAGGAGACCAAAGAGAACAACCUCUCUGAAGAAGUCUUAGGAAAAGUCCUCAGUGCUGUGGGCAGCGCCCAGCUACUGAUGUCCCAGAAAUUCCAGCAGUUCCGGGGCCUCUGUGAGCAGAACUUGAACCCUGAUGCCAACCCACGUCCAACAGCCCAGGACCUGGCAGGGUUCUGGGACCUGCUUCAGCUGUCCAUCGAGGACAUCAGCAUGAAGUUUGAUGAACUCUACCACCUCAAGGCCAACAGCUGGCAGCUGGUGGAGACCCCCGAGAAGAGGAAGGAAGAGAAGAAACCACCCCCUCCGGUCCCAAAGAAGCCAGCCAAAUCCAAGCCAGCAGUGAGCCGCGACAAGGCCUCAGACGCAGGAGACAAGCAGCGUCAGGAGGCCCGCAAGAGACUUCUGGCAGCCAAGCGGGCAGCUUCCGUGCGGCAGAACUCGGCCACAGAGAGCGCAGACAGCAUCGAAAUUUAUGUCCCUGAGGCCCAGACCAGGCUCUGAGACCAUAAAGAAAGAAGGAAGGAAACAAUUUUAAAGUGUUUAAAAAACACACAAAAAAAAUCUUAAUGAGAAUGGAACAAAAUUUUCUCAACCUUUAGUAUGGUUAUUCUCUUUAGAGACCCUGAGCCAACUUUCAAAUUGAAGCAUACAAGGGCUCACGAUUUGGCUUUUUUGGGUCCCUCCCAGCUUUAGGUUAUGAAGACUUCACACACACAAAUUCAACAAAGCUAAAAACUCUCUUCCCUCCCGCUGGCCGUGGUGGACUGGACAGGUGGACUUCGGCAACUCCCGGCCCAGCCUCAGACUGCGGUCUUUUUACUUGUUCUAUCUAAUGAGAACUUCAACUAGCUUGUUUACAAGACGACGACCGUCCAAGGGCAGCCUUGGGCACCUGCCAUGUCCCUCCUUUUCCCAGCUACCCCGCGCUCACCUUGGAUUUUUCAUUCUUACAUUUUUCUUUUCCCUUCAGAGCUCACACAGGGGACGCCACCGUGGCCAGCGGCUUCUGCGUCUCCACCUCUGGGGUUGAGGCCGGGAGAGCAGAGGGCGGGACGGCUCCCCCCCCACCAAGUGCUCACACACAGUCUCCACGCACGCACUCACGCACGCACACGCACAGGCGAGGGCCUCCCGCUGCCCCAGGCGACGUCGGACAGGACUUGCCUCUGAGCAGAUGAGGAACGCGCUGGUGUCUGGGGGAAUGAGGCAGAACCACGGUUGCGCGUCCAGACUCCAGUCUUUCCCUUCUCUCCAGCCCCUUCUUCCUUCAGCAAAAGAAAAUUUAGGACUCAGAGUGGCUUCCAGGGGCUGGCUGUCCUUGGCCGCACCUGUGUCCAGUGCCCAAGGGCAGGUGGCGGUGUCUGUACGUAUGUGUACAUAUGCACAUAGACCUUAGAGUGUAUAUUUAACAACGCCCUCUGCCCACCUGCCACCUGCGCCACCACCGGCUCUCGGGGCACCUGGCAGGAGGCGGGUGUGUGAAUAGCAUAUAUUUUUACAUGUACUAUAUCUAGGUGUGUGUACAAGUGUGUGUAAAAAUAUAGACCUUGUGUGUAAGCAGCCCCCCCCUUUUUUUUUGUCCCUCCCACCCACCCCCGCCAGCCCAGCCUCUUGAGUUUUCCGUCCGUUCUGUUUUUUUAACCCAAUCCUCCCUCUCCCUGCCCCAUCCCUUCUCCCGGGUGUCAGGAGCCCUGAGCUGCAGAGGCCCGGGCCUACAGGGCGGGGUGGGGCAGGCCAGGCAAGGGCAGCGGGGCACUGGGCAUGCCAGGGGCUGCUCGGUACUGGGCAUACAACUCCAGGGCAUUGGAGACAUCCUCUUGUCCGGCGCGUGCUGCAGGGGGUCCCCCUGGGUGAACCAAGGGCCUGCUCUGGGGCCCCAAUCCAGCUUGGCCGCCGUCUGUGACCUUGGGCAAGUCACUUGACCUCUGUGUGCCUCAAUUUCCUCCUCUGUAAAAUGGGGACAGUCCCUGCCCCUCCCUACCUCACAGGCAUGUUGUGAGAAUAAAUGAGGUAAAGUGUA